CGGACAUGUGACCAGGGCGAGUCAGUUCCGCCGUCUCCGGACUCAGCGGGGCGGAGGGUGAAUUGGCUAUGGAGAGACGGGACCGGAAGCGGGGCUCGGGGGCCGGAAAUGCGGGAAUGGGUGAUGGCUUUCUCAUGGAAGUGUGCGUUGACUCAGUGGAAUCUGCUGUGAAUGCAGAGAGAGGAGGUGCUGGCCGGAUCGAGCUGUGUGCUGGCCUGAUGGAAGGAGGAACCACGCCCAGUAUGGCAGGGCUCCUGCAGGUGGUGAAGCAGUGUGUGCGGGUCCCAGUGUUUGUGAUGAUCCGCCCUCGUGGGGGGGAUUUCCUCUACUCCGACCGGGAGUUGGAAGUGAUGAAGGCUGAUAUCCGCCUAGCCAAGCUGCAUGGGGCCGAUGGGCUGGUGUUUGGGGCCCUGACUGAGGACGGGCGCAUCGACACAGAGCUCUGCACAGCCCUGCUGGCUGUUUGUCGUCCCCUGCCAGUCACCUUCCACCGAGCCUUCGACAUGGUCCAUGAUCCUCUUGUGGCCCUGGAGACCCUGGUGUCCCUGGGAUUUGAGCGGGUGCUGACCAGUGGUUGUGACAGCUCAGCACUGGAGGGGUUACCCUUAAUAAAGAGACUCACAGAACAGGCUAAGGGCAGGAUUGUGGUGGUGCCAGGGGGUGGUAUAACAGAGAGGAACCUGCAGAGGAUUCUUGAGGGCUCUGGUGCACCUGAGUUUCACUGCUCUGCUCGCUCAGCCCGGGACUCGGCAAUGAAGUUCAGAAACAGCAGUGUUGCCAUGGGAGCCUCUGUCUCUGUCUCCGAAUAUUCCCUAAAGGUAGCGGAUGUUGCUAAAGUGAGGACCCUGAACGCUAUUGCAAAGAACAUCCUGUAGAGGGCAAGUGCUGAGUGUGGGAUAGGAGCGCACAGACCCUGGGAUCCUCCCUGCCAGUCUGAACAGAUGGGCUCUGGCUUCAGUCUCACAAGGGCUGUCGAGGAAGUGGAUACUAUAAAGGAACCUGCAGUCUCUUCAUUGGCUUCACCUGGACACUCUCCCUGGACUGGAGGCUUAAACUGGCUUUUGUUUUUUUAAACCAAGGACCCAUUCCUGACUGUUGUAGUGGCACAAACCAUUCAGCAGCAAUUGGGAGGGGGGACCUUAGCUAACAGGGUAACUAAAUUGUGCACUACCACCAGUGAUCGUUAAAUAAACACCCUGCAGCCAC